GUACCAACAAGUAUGAUGAUGUUUGUGGAUCUUUCAAAUGAUGGUGCAAGUUCUGCAAGUCAACAAGAAAACGGUAUUGGCUCUAGGACAUAGAACUUGGACUCAGAUCAAAAUGCUCUGAAGAAUAGCCUUUUGGGAUAGCAGCUGCAUCAUGACCCAAGAUCAAGGACUUACUGUUGGAAAUUUCCAUCGUGUUUGCAUUAUGACCUUCAUGGUUGGCACCGUAAUCCAAGUCUCUAGUGAAAGAGGGUUUGCCAUAGACCUGUCAAAAAGAAACCUUACUCAAGUUCCCAAAGACCUGCCACCAAGAACCACAGUUCUAGAUAUGUCUCAGAACUCCAUAGCUGAGCUUCAGAUGGCUGACCUCAGUUCUUUUCCAGCACUGAAAGUUCUGAAACUUUCCCAUAAUAGAAUCCAGAGACUUGAUUUGAAUGCUUUCAAGUUCAACCCAGAUUUGGAAUACUUGGAUUUAUCUCACAAUCAUUUACGAAACGUAUCUUGCUCCCCUGUUGUGAGUUUCAAGCACUUAGAUCUUUCAUUCAAUGACUUUGACGCUCUGCCCAUCUGCAGGGAAUUUGGCAACUUGACGCAGCUGAGUUUUUUAGGAUUAAGUGCUAGAAAGUUCCGACAAUCAGACCUGCUACCAACUGCUCACUUGCAGCUAAGAUAUCUUCUCCUGGAUUUAGGAGGCUAUCAUGCAAAAGAAACUGAGGCAGAAAGUCUUCAAAUUCUGAAUACAAAAACUCUCCACAUUGUCUUUCAUUCAAGGAGUUUGUUCUCUGUCCAUGUGAAUAUAUCAGUGAAUACUUUAGGGUGCUUACAACUGACUAACAUUAGACUGAAUGAUGACAACUGUCACGUUUUCACAAACUUUUUAUUACACCUCACCAGAGGUCCGAGCUUAUUGAAUUUUACUCUCAACCAUGUGGAAACAACUUGGAAAUGCUUGGUUAGACUUUUCCAGUUCCUGUGGCCCCAACCUGUGGAAUAUCUCAAUAUGUACAACUUAACAAUAAUCGAGAGCAUUGACGAGGAAGACUUCACGUACUCUGACACGUCCCUGAAGGCAUUGAAGAUAGAACACAUUACAAACCGAGUGUUCAUUUUCUCACAGACAGCUUUAUACACUGUGUUUUCUGAGAUGAACAUUUUGAUGUUAACCAUAUCCGAUUCACCCUUUUUUCACAUGCUUUGUCCUCAGGUCCCAAGCACAUUUACGUUUUUGAACUUCACCCAGAAUGUUUUCACCGAUAGUGUUUUUCAAAACUGUUCCACAUUGGUAAGAUUGGAGACACUUAUACUCCAAAAGAAUGGCUUGCAAAGCCUUUUCAAAGUGAGUCACAUGACUAAGACUAUGCCAUCUCUGGAAACCUUGGACGUUAGCAGGAAUUCUUUGGUGUCUCAUACACAUGAGGACAUGUGUACUUGGGCUGAGACUAUAGUGGCAUUAAAUUUGUCUUCCAAUAUGCUUACUGAUUCUGUUUUCAGGUGCUUGCCUCCUAAGGUCAAGGUGCUUGAUCUUCGUAACAACAGAAUAGCGAGCAUCCCUAAAGACGUCGCCCGUCUGGAAGCUUUGCAAGAGCUCAACGUGGCCUUCAACUCUUUGGCCGACCUGCCCGCGUGCGGGGCCUUCAGCAGCCUGUCUGUGCUGAUCGUGGACCACAACUCGGUUUCCCACCCAUCCGCUGACUUCUUCCAGACCUGCCACCACGUCACGUCCCUCCGAGCAGGGGACAACCCGUUCCAAUGCACGUGCGAGCUGCGGGAGUUCAUCAGGAACGCGGGCCAAGUGUCCAGCGGCGUGCUAGACGGCUGGCCCGAGGCUUACACGUGCGACCACCCGGAGGGUCACAGGGGGACCCCGCUGAAGGACUUCCACGCCUCGCCGCUGUCCUGCAACAUCACGCUGCUGAUUGUCACCAUCGGGGCCACCGCGCUGGUGUCAGCCGCUGCGGUGGCCUUCCUCUGCGUCCACCUUGACCUGCCCUGGUACCUCAGGAUGGUGUGCCAGUGGACGCAGACCCGGCGCAGGGCCAGGCACGUGCCCUUGGAGGAGCUGCAGAGAGAGCUGCGGUUCCACGCUUUCGUCUCCUACAGCGAACGCGACUCGGCCUGGGUGAAGAGCGAGCUGCUGCCACACCUGGAGAAAGAAGGCAUCCGCAUUUGCCUCCACGAGAGGAACUUCGUUCCUGGCAAGAGCAUCGUGGAAAACAUCAUCAGCUGCAUUGAGAAGAGCUACAAGGCCAUCUUCGUCCUGUCUCCCCACUUCGUCCAGAGUGACUGGUGCCACUACGAACUCUACUUCGCCCACCACAACCUCUUCCACGAAGGCUCUGAUAACUUGAUCCUGAUUUUAUUGGAACCCAUCUCCCCGAAUAGCAUUCCCAGCAAGUAUCACAAGCUGAAGGCUUUCAUGGCACGCAGGACUUAUUUGCAGUGGCCCACAGAGAAGAGCAAACAUGCCCUUUUUUGGGCAAACAUUAGUGCUGCUUUUAAUACCAAAUUACCAUGUGUCACUGAAACCGAUGUGAAAACUUAAAAACCUCAGGAAAUCCAACUGAAGAAACAGCUUAUUGAUGGACAUUGUGAUUUUUCAAAUAAUUUAUUUAUCUGCAAGCAGAGAGAUAGAGAAAGAGAGAGAGAGAGAGAGGCCGAGAU